UAAAUUUUGAACACUCGAGAAAAAAGUUCGAGAGUAACAAUCGAUAGUUCGAUAUGAAGAUUUUAAGUUGGUUAAGGUAUCAAUCAUAAGUGACGGAGAAUGGAUUUCGAGAGUCCGGAUGUAGAAAAAGAAUUUCCAGGAUUAUACGCGUCAGAAUCUGCGAAAAAAAGUAACGAAAGUGACUUCAGUGAUGAAGGCGGACACGAAAAACAUUCCAAAAAAGAACUUCUUGGCGGUAAACGGAAGGAAAAGAAAGAUCGAAAGGAUCGAGGAUAUGCCACCUUAGAAGGUGAAAGUUCCCCUGACGAAGAUCAAGAAACAAAAAGUCCUUCAAAAUCAAAAAAGACCAAAGCUUUUAAAUUUCCAUCAAAAAAGGAGAAACGUGAAAAAUCUAGAGAAAAAGAGGGCAAAGAAAAGGAUGGCGAGAAAGAGAAAGAUAAGAAGAAAAAGGACAAAGAUGAGAAAGACAUAGAAAAAGAAAAGCGUAAAGAGAAAGAGAAAGAUAAAACUAAACAGAAAUUGAAAGAUCGUAAGAAAGGAAAGCAUACAGGAGAAGAAGGCUUGGACAUUGGAGAAGAACAACCAAUAUUUGGUGUUAGUCUACAUUUGGCAGUGGAACGAAGUCGUUGUCAUGAUGGUGUUGAAUUACCCUUAGUUGUAAGGGACUGCAUUGACUUUGUGGAAGAGCAUGGUAUGAAUAUAGAAGGAUUAUAUAAGGUUCCAGGAGUAAAGUCAAAAGUUCAGUAUUUGAAAAAGUUGUACAACUACAGAGAAGCUGUGAAUAUGUCUGAUUUUGAACCCACAGUAGCUACAAGUUUAUUAAUAUUGUUCCUUAGGGAAUUGCCAGAACCUGUGCUAGAGAACAGUGAAAUGAUAUCUCGAUUUGAACAAGCAGCAUCCACAAAAGAUGUAGCACAAAGAGAAGCACAAUUGAUACACCUAACUCAACAACUUCCAGAGUGCAACAAAGUUCUUCUUGCGUGGGUUAUACUACAUUUAGAUCAUGUUACAGCACGAGAAAAGACAACAAAAAUGAAUGCUCAAACAAUUUCAAUGACAUUGAGUCCUGUGUUGCAAAUGAGUCAUAGACUCUUAUUAGCUUUGUUGUUUCAUUGCAAAGCUUUGUUCCCAAAUGUACACUUAACAAAAUAUAUCCCACCACUUUCAGCCGGCAGCGUUAAUCUUCCAGAUACUGUAGAAAGUAUAGCUGCUGAGUUAUCUAAACAAGAAUCCUUACUCUUACAAAUACACAUGCAAAUGAACGCAGGUUUCGUGACUAAAUCGCGUGAGGAACAAUUAUGGGAAGUACAACGUAUGAUAACGCAAUUGAAGAGAAAAUAUAAAACAGUUCAAAAAAUGGAAGGUGCUGUGCAAAAGAGCUUAGAUGAAGAAGUUAAAGUGAAUGAUGAAGCUACAGUAGAAUUAAAUGUUCAAAAAACAAAAACAGAAGAAGAGGAUACAGAAAAUGUAAAACCUGAAACACAAGCAUCGUCUACUUUGACAUUGAAACUAAACAAUAAAGUACACGUUUCCGAAAACAAUAAAGACUCUACAAGUACAAAUACCGCUCAAAAUGAACGAAACACUCAUACUGUUGACAAGGAUAUUGUGGAUUCUGCUGAAACAUCUGUGGUUGCAUCACAAUCUAAUGAGCAAGAAAAUACAUCUAGGAGAAAUGAAAAUGUUUCAGUCACAGAGCCUGAGCCUGAAAAUGCUAUAGACAAAUUAAGAGAGAGUUUAAUAUACGAAGAGUUGUUGAAUAUGCAAGCGUUACUAAAGUCAAGAAUAAAUCAGGAAAGAAAUGAAAUCAAACGACUGAUGGAAAUGUUAUCCGAACGUGUUCCGGAAAAAAAGAAACCAAAGGAUAGGAUACAUUCACCAAAUGAAGCAGAAAUGACAGCUAUGAUUCAAUUAGUCAAAGAAAAUCAAUUACUUGAGAAAAAAAUGACUACUCUAAUUCGAAGUAUCAUAGAAGAAAAAGAUGCUUGCAUCGAACUCCGUGUUCAAUUAGCAGUUCAUCAGUUAGCAGCCAAAACUUGACCGUUAAAUAAGAAUUAAUAUUUUAAUGUAAUAAAAAAAUACACGGAUUGUGAAGAUAUGUAACAUGUUUUGCACAGAAUGAACAUAUAUAGUUUAUAAGAUGUUACUACAAUCAUGUUUUCUUGACUUAUUCUAUUCUCUUGUAAAAUAAUAAACAAAACAAAAAAGGAUAUUGAA